AUGAUGGAGGUGAAAGACGUGAACUGGAAAUCGCUAUGGCGUGAGCUGACGAGCAACGGGUGGAAGGCGCGCCCACCAAGGGGCAUCAACAUGCAUCUCUAA